UUUGGGGAGAGAUAUGUCCAAAUGUUUGUUAGAGGUCCCGCCUUUGUGAAGGCCGUCUUUCGCUCAUUUAAUCCCUUCUCUCUCGCCUCCAUUUCCAACCGUUUCCUCUCCUCUUCUUUUCCUACGGUUCUCCCUUCAAUUUGUUCUGCCACUCUCCCUCUCUCUCGUGCCCAGAUAACGUUCUUCUUCCUUUUCAUUCAUUUUCCUUUUGCUUUCACAUUUUCCUUCGCUGCUGGGUUCUGUGUUUCGCAGAAGCAGUGAAGGAUUGCCAAACAUGAACCACAAAGCCUCCGUCUCUAAGGAGCUCAAUGACAAGUUUACCAAGGUUUGCCAACUUCCAUUUUGAUACAUCUUAUUCUUCCCGUUUCUUACCAUAUGCAGAUCUUAGAGGGCCUACUUAAACUUCCUGAAAACAAGGAAUGUGCUGACUGCCGAAACAAGGCACCACGAUGGGCAAGUGUGAAUCUAGGAAUUUUCAUAUGCAUGCAGUGCUCAGGAAUUCACCGAAGUCUUGGGGUGCAUAUAUCAAAGGUGCGUUCUACAACUUUGGAUACAUGGUUGCCAGAACAAGUCUCUUUCAUGCAAUUCAUGGGUAAUGAGAAGUCAAAUGCGUAUUGGGAAGCAGAACUGCCACCAAAUUUUGAUAGAAUUGGCUUUGGGCUCGAGAAGUUUAUUUGUUCCAAGUAUGUGGAGAAAAGGUGGGCUAAAAUUGGUGGAGUAAAUCCAGCUUCAAAAGCAGGUGAAAUAAUCUGUAAUCUGAAUCUGAAUGUGCCACCAGCUGGUCCCAAGGUUGGCUUUUCAAGGGCUAAUAGGAGACUUUCUCUUGAGGAAAGCAUUCUCACAAGCCACAUGGAACAGAUCCUGCCUCCGGUGACAAGACAUCGUGGGGGUUCUCUUGACAUUCCAAAAAGUACCACCCCUCCUCCAGUAAGGAGGCACUACCCAUCACUUGAUUUUGACAAUUCCCCGGUAAACAAUGGCAAUGCUGACUUUUUCAGCAUGUUUGGCAUCCAUGGUGAUAAGAAGGACACCGUAACUGUACCUCCCACUAGCUGGACAACAUUUGACUGAGUUGUGUCUAUACUGCGAGUUUAAAGACUGUUCAGCUAGCCCUUGGUGUAGAUGUCGCAAUUUUAUAGUUGCAGAGGACGUUGGGAGAAUAACAGUGUUUGAUGACUGAGAUUUGGAUGAACAUGCAUGCCCAAGGGCAAGUCAGACUUCAGGAUAUAAAUAGCAAACAUCAAACAUAUAUUAUUUUGGGGCUUAUUUUCUUACAGAUACAGUCAUCUUCCAUGUAAUGCUUUGAUUUGCACUGUAGCUCCAAGUGUUGUAUUGUUUCGCUAGAUAAGGAUAGUACUUUAUAAUA